CGUUCAAGUCAUUAACGAUAGUGAGUGACAGAUAAAUUUAAAUUUUAAAGAAAAACUUCCAACUUUUUUUGUUUUCGAUCAGGAAACCCGCAUAUAUUUCCUAUUACGCUAUACAAUUAUAUAAGCAAUAUAUUUUUUUAUUUGUAGCUAAUUUUCUAUAAAUAUUUAGAUAAAUACAGGUAUAUAUAUUUUAUAUGAAAUGGAUGUUAUACAGAAAAUAGAUCAAGCGACAUUCACUGAGACGCCCAAGGCCAAGCGUCGGUCAAAGGAGAAGUUGGCGAAGAUUAUUGAAGACGCUGUGGCCGGCAAUGAUGACCUUAGCAAUGGAGGUGUCGGCAAAAAGGGAAAUAAGAUACAUCUAAAACAAAAAGUGGUCCUGUUGUCGGAAGAGAACCAAAAUCUAAGCAAAGCUAUCAACGCAAAAAAUGUCGAGAUAACAGAUUUGAAGCGAUCAAUCCAAUCGCUAAAUGAGGUUCUCAACUCGGUGCCUAUCGAUGAAUUACGUUGUAAUUCGUCCAUAGCGAGUUCCAAAUUAUUAGAGUUAAGCAAGAAAAAUCGAUUGUUGCGAGCCGAAUUGGAAACCACCAAGAACAAAGUUAACAAAAAAGAGUUGCAAAUCCAAAAGCUGGAGCGAGACUUAAAGCUUCUCGAGGAUAAGCUGCACAAAGGAACCACCGAAACGCCAAAGGAGCCGUCGGAUGAACUGCGCGUUAAGUUAAACUCUAUUCAGCAGAAGCUUUUCGAGACACGCAAUAAAAAUACAGAGUUACAGAACCAAUUGAAACUUGCACAAAAGUGUUUGCAGCAGGAAAUCGGAGAGAACUUUAACUUGGCUACAAUGGCGUCACAGGCACAGAACUCUAAUUGGCGUGGACGCGCUCAGCAAAUCAUACAUCUACAGCAGAAAGUUCACGAAUUAAAAGAACGCCUAGAAAUCAUAGACAGGCAGUACGCGGAGGGUAGUCCCAUCACCUUUGCCACCGAUGACGUCACACAUGGGAAUUUGACGGGGUCACAGACAGCAAAGAGCGGUGCACGUUCGGCGGUUGGUCACGCGGAACCAAACGUUGCGCCGAAUAUAAGCGCCACCUCUUUCGAUCGCUACAACACAGUCGUGCGAAAAACCGAGAUAUUGCACCGAGCCAAAGUGGAGGGUCUAGAGAAAGAGAUCGCUUCACUUAAGGCACAACUAGAAGAGCAACGAGGCAAGGUGUUGGCACUCAAAGUGCGAAACAAAACCCUCAAUGACGAAGUCUUGAAGUUCAAAGUAAAAGCGAGUUCUCUGGAAGAACAAACCGAUUAUAACGGCUUGAAUCUGGCGAAUAUGAACGAGAAAAUGAAUGUGCAACGCUACCACUAUGAAAGCCGUUUGGAAGAGAUGGCGAGACAACUAAACGACCUGAAGCGCAUACAUAAGGACGGCGCCUUUCGUGAAGAGGAAUUGAGACUGAAAUUGGAAAACAUGGAAAAUUUGAUUCAAAGCAAAGAAACUCACAUCGAGGACUUGAAUCAGACAAUAACGCGUUUGGAAACUGAUCUGAAAGCCUUGUCAGGUGGUUUUCUGUUCUCAUGUCGGGAACUACGCAAGGAAGAAUUCAUAACUAUACUAGACUCCUUGGAAGCCGAGAAGAAUGAACUGCUUAAACAUAAUAAAACACUCGUUGAACGCAGCGAGCAGGAUCGUUUAAAGAACGACGCAUUGCAUGAACAGCUGGCCAAACAGAAGGUGCGUCUUUCACGCAUGGAAGCGCGUAUACGUGAGCUGGAGAAGGAGCUUGAACUGCAAUCCGAACGGAAAAAGCGCUCGCAACGCAUUGCGGACUAUGUGAGCAGUGUGAAUUCAACCGCUUCUAUGGGCACGUUCGUUUUUGAGAAUACCUCGCAGAAUAAUUUGUCGCAAAGGGCGAUCGAUGAAUUCACACCGGCGCAGGUGUACCAAAUGAAGCAUGAGCUCGAAUAUGCUCAGGAAAAGUUAGCAUACAUGAGUGAGAAGGUGGCGCAUCUGCAGGCGGAAAAGGAAAAUGACGCGCGGACUUUUGCAGAGAUUAUCAACAGCUCCAAAGGUGUUGUGCUCGAUACAAUAUUGGGUAAUCGUAGUAAUGCUUCGUUGUCCGUAGAGAUUAGCACCGGCACUUCGGUGUAGCUUCCAGCAAGUGAGGAGUAUAAAAAUAUCGAUUUGGCUUGAAUGGAGUUAGUUUAUGCAAAAAUCUCUUACCAAAACUCCGACUUGAAAUUGCGUGAAAUUUUGAUCAUGAUGCUACUGUAAUUCAGAGAGAUUUGCUGUUCCUUGCAGUGAUUACCGCUUUUUAUGCAAAUAUUCGCAAUGCUUUCUUAGAAUAUAUUCACAUUCAAAUUACUAGUAAAGACUGCAUUUGAAUAAAUAAAACAAUUAUUUCAAGUUUUAUUGAACUUA